AUGACGCAUAGCCACCACGCCAGGGGCUUCAGCGGCGGCGUGUCCCUCACGGUGAGCCUACAGCAGUACGACUCCCACAACGGCAGCGUCAACAUCGCGUUCCGCGUGCCAUCCGUGCAGCACCACGGCGGCGCCGCGGGGUACCUGUUCGCUCCGACAACGGCCGACCAUCAGAUGGACAGCGGCGUGCACCCGAGGCACCACGUCCAGUUCGACAGCUUGGCAUUGACAGCAAUUCUCCGCACGGGCAGGAGCGCUACCGGGGCCUGCAGGGCGCCGGGUUUCACCUCCUGCAGGACCUGGGCGGGGGAUCUGAUCCACCACCCAUCGGCCAAAGCUCUAGCUGCGACUCCCCCUGAGGCCCUGGUCAUCAACGAUGUUUUGUUUAUCAACAAAGCUAUUAAGGAAUCACUAUCGGCGUACUUAAACAUAUGUAUUGUGACAAAAACAAGUUCGCAAGCAUCCAUUACUGCCUCUAGACAGACCCGAAUACAAAAAGUCCCAACUGCGAUAAUAAGCACAGUUUACCGUAUCUCGUUGAAGCCGCGCGCCGGGCAGCGCGUAGGCAGAGUUCGGCAGGAAGCUGCCGAGGCUGCCCAAGGGGACGCCAUUCCGGGGCAGUACGCCACAGUUCGAUCCGAAGCCUCCGAGGAGAGUGCUAAAGAGAGGUUUCGGCACGCACCACGGCCUGUUGGCUCCGUUCAGCCGCCGAAAUCCGGCAGCGGCGGAGGUAGUCUGGGAGGAUCGAACCGGGAGCCGCGGAGAAGGUGGCCCGCCGCGAGUAUGCGGGAGCAAGGCCGCAUAGCGCCUGGCGGCGGCAGCGGCGGGCGGCGGCGGCCGCGAUGGGUAGGGUCAGCAGACGCAGCGUGGAGGGCUGGAGGCGGAGUUGGACUCCCUCUGGCUGCGGAGAAUUGGGUCUUUUCCUCCUCUUUUCGGUCCAUUUUACCCUUUUUCCUUUUUGGGUUCACUAGUGUUUAA